AUGUCGGAGAUGAAGAUGCUGCUGGGUCUGGACCCGACAGCCCCGGCCUCCUCCUGCCUGGGAAAGCUCUUCGGAGCGGGCCGGGAUCGUGCGGGAUGGCCGAAGGUGGUAUUUACAUUGUGGAUAGAUGCUCCUUCACUACAGGCAGUUAAAAAUAACAUCCGAGGCUGGUUGCCCAACAGCAACGAGACCCGGGCUGCUGCUCCCUCGGCGCUGCGGCGCCGCAGGGAGCGUCGCUCCGGAUCGUCCCGUCCCCGCGAGUCUCGUUGCUCCGGCCGGGAGCGGCGGAAGGCCUGGAGGCCCUUGCGCUAUCACUGCGUGCAUGAUAAAAACGGGCGAGUUUUAAAUCCACCCCCCACCAUUGAGCCCGUGACGUCGCCAGGUGAACCCCGCGGCGUGACGUCAUCAGGCGCCCGCCAGCGGGUCCAUCAGGAGCGGAGAGGACUGUGGCUCACCAGAGCCGAGCAGCAGGAGGCAGCCCAGAUCACCCUUCAGAGCUCUUUCCAUCAAUUUCUGAUGGCAAACAAGUUGGAUACAGCAAUGUGGAUUUCCCGUUUGUUCACGGUUUACUGCUCAGCUUUAUUUGUCCUGCCUCUUCUGGGGUUGCACGAAGCAGCGAGCUUCUACCAGCGGGCCUUGCUGGCCAACGCUCUCACCAGCGCCCUGCGCCUGCACCAGCGGCUGCCCCACUUCCAGCUCAGCAGGGCCUUCCUGGCCCAGGCCUUGCUGGAGGACAGCUGCCACUACCUGCUCUACUCCCUCAUCUUUGUUAAUUCCUACCCCGUCACGAUGAGUAUUUUUCCAGUUCUGCUGUUUUCUUUGCUUCAUGCUGCCACAUAUACAAAAAAGGUUCUUGAUGCACGAGGUUCAAAUAGUCUGCCCCUUUUAAGAAAUCUUUUGGAGAAGCUGAAUGCUAAUCAACAGAAUAUUCUAAAAUUCAUUGCUUGCAAUGAAAUUUUCCUGAUGCCAGCUACAGUUUUCAUGCUUUUCAGUGGCCAGGGGAGUCUUCUCCAGCCGUUCAUUUACUAUAGGUUCCUUACKCUACGCUACUCCUCUCGGCGAAAUCCAUACUGUCGGACUCUCUUCACCGAGUUGAGGAUCGUUGUUGAACAUCUAAUAAUGAAGCCUUCGUGCCCUGUUUUUGUAAGAAGACUCUGCCUCAGCAGCAUUUCCUUUAUAAGCAGAUUGGCACCAACUGUUGCGUAGCUGACAUUCAGGCUUUUAUGUAAUGUGAACAUUAUGAGCAGCUGGCACAUCUGCUGAUGAUUAUAAAUUCCUGGUUUUACACUGAUCUCACUCGAGGCUGUAGAAAAAUGUGUAUAUGCUUUUCUUGGAGAUAACGUAAAAUUGAUGACCUCAAAAGCAAGUCUUGAAAACCUAAAAUUACUGUGUUGUAUUGCUAAUUGAUGAAAAGUAGCUCCAUCUUCCCCAAAACAGUCUAAGAGGGUUAAAGCUCAAUCACACAAAUAUUUUUUAAAAAUCAUAGAUUGUUUGAGGUUGAUUAAAAGUUUUUGUUUGUUAUUUGUCUUGAGGAAUGUUUGCUCAGUAGGGCUGCUGGUUGGAACCCCAGGCACUGUGAAGUGUCUCCAGUGGGCAGCGUGCGGUACACAACUYGCUGCACUGCACUUUGGACAGUAUUCUGCUUACUAAUGUGUCCAUAGCCUUAUUUGUCUAAAUUACUGUAUUCAAUAUGAAAGUGUCCCACUUUGAAUCUAACAAAAUAGAUUAAAAUUUAUCWAGCUGGCAUGGCUAACAUCUUUUCUUAGGGAGAGCUGAUUUUAAUAAAGUCAGGGAGGGAAAACGUCCUGGUUUCUUCCUGUGUAUUUGGGAGAAAUCUCAGGACUCAGACCRCAGGAAACUGUACAGUUAUGUUGUCAUAAGAUGGUGUUUUAGCAAGCCAAGCUGCUGACCUGUAAGCUUUUGAGACAAAGAUGCAAUGCUUAAACUUUUAACCAUCUCUUAAGCAAACUAAUCAAUGUAAAUGUAGUAACUUUUUCAGAAUCAUUGCAAAUGUGUUCUUGUGUCUCUGCAAAAGUGAGACUGUGGUAACUCGAGCAUGUCUGCCUUUAGAAAAUUAAUCUGUAGCUAGCUCUAUAUAAAUUGUUCUUCCAGUUUUUGAGGCUGUCAUUGUGAUGGGAAAUUUACAUAAAAGAUUGCACCUGUUCAGGCAUCUAUUGAAACAAGUGACUGUAGGAUUCUUUUUGGCAUAAAUCCAUGUGAUCUUACUGAUCUGAAGGCUACUUGAUCAUGGCUACAGAAAUGAAUAAUGAAUUGAGUGCUUAUUAUGCAUUUGCCCAACAGUUGAAAGGUAGGUCAUGGGAAAAGAAUGCUGUCUGUCAAGAUGCAGCCUCUUACCAGAAAGUUAAGGCAAAGCACUUGCCUGAUCUUCCGUGGUAAAUAUUAAUAUUUUGAUUAUUCUUAAUGGAAUUUGUCAGCCWUUUGUGAACUCUAAAUGCACUGAUGCAUUGUGUGUUUGUGUUGUUUUGUUUUUGUUUUUUUUCUUUUUAGAGAACUUGGGUGAAACACUUGAAAGCAAUGUAGAAACAAAGUAUUUUACUUUUUUUUGUGAUUUGGCUAUAAUUCCAACUUUUCAGUUAUGUUAAAUACUAGUUGGUUGAGAGAUAUACAUUUAUAYACUUUCUUUUGCUCGACCUCUUGGUACUGAUGAAGACCUGCUUUUGGUAACUCAGUAUGAUACUCUCUGACUCUCAAACUUGCUCUCUGACCAUAAUUAGCUAUUUAUGGAAUAUUUGCACAGUGCAGAAGUAACUGCAUGCAGUACAGUUCUACAGCUGCUAAGACUUGCAACUGCAUUCCCUAUAUGUAUAUCCUGUAAUUUGAAAAUUUUAGAAAAACUAAAAUUUCUACAAUAAAAGGAGUGUUAAUUGUAACGUACUAGGCUCUUCAAGCUUUUUUUUUUUUUUUUCCUAACAGAACAUACUGAUGCUAGAACCUGGAACUUGAGCAGAAUGCAGUCUCUUAACUUCUGUGGUAGUUUUAGAGCAUAACUGCUUUUAUUAUCAUCCCAGCUUAUUGUUCCUUUGGCUAUACACUGUUAUUUGUGGAGACUGCAUUAAAUACCUGAAAUAUUAUAAAAGGAUAAGGAUGCUGGGUUUUGAGACCCAAGUUUUUAGGAUUCUCUAUGAAUGGACAAGGAAAACUGAAAGGAUUAAAUGACAUCUCAGUAGCUGAAGAGUUAGACUCAUGAAAUAGAGCUUAUAUAUGGAUAUGGAACUUCUUGAUAACCUUUUCUUCUAAGUAGUGUUAGAAGUGGGUUGGGGAGACAAUUUUUAUAAAUGGAAUUUGGCUUGGCUAGUCUUGCAUGUGUUUGCAUGCUUUGCUGAGGGUGCUGACAGAACUGAAGCACAGCUUUUGCUUGUGGCUUCAAAAAGCUUACAUGCAGUGUAUGGAGGGGAAAACAACAACAACAAAAAAGAACAAUGAGACCUUCCAAGCAAAUGAAUAAGGCUACGGACCUACACUUGGUAUCAGAUUGGGUUUAUUUUCCAUAGCAUUAGACUACUUUAGUGAUACCUGAGAUUUUUCAGUGCUGAGUGGUUUUUUUUUUUCUGUGUAUGUGUGUGUGUUUUUUUAAUACCUGCUUCUUAAUCACGGUUUGUUACUGUUUCUUUACUAACAACUAAACACACUAAAUGCUGCAAACAAGAUUUUUUUUUUUUUGUUAAAAGAUUCUUUUUAUCUGCUACCAACAGAUAGUCAUGAUGCAGAGCCUGUAGUGGAAACUGGUGGYGGCUAGAGAAAUUUUGUAGCUCUUCAUGUGAAGAGAAGCAUCCUUGUCCUAGUGCAAGUUUGAGAGCCUAAUGUGGUAAUUGUUUUUGCUAUUGUUUAUUUUGAACUAUUUUAGCUUUCAUAAGUUAAAAUGCUGCUACUUAUGUUCUGUGGUAGGUCAUACCCCUGCUGUUGCACGAGCUUGCUGUGUAACUGAGGUUCCUCCAUAAGGCUUUGGUUUUGAUGCUUUAUUUAUCUACAGGUGAGAACAGACAAAUUAGGUCUCUUGGGAAAUGCUAAUACUGGUUGGGAUUUCUUGUAAGCAAAUAAUCUACUAAUACAUCCAUCCUUCCCGUUUUGUUCUUUAUUUAAUUUUAUACUUUUAUUAUCUUUGUGGUGUCAGUUUCAUAUAUUUUGUUUCCUGAUAACAGAAGUGUUGACUGUUCCAUGAUGUUGAAGGGAAGCAAUAUCUGUUAGUAUGUUAAAUUUCAUGUUUUUACCAAACUGUUAUAAAUAUAUAACUCAGUGUUUGUGACAGAUUCUGAGCCCUUGGCUUCUGAGCCUUAGUUCCUGAGCUACAGAUUUGUUGGAGCUAUAUGUUUUGAGUGUGCGGUUCAAACGGAUUACAGAGCUGGUCCCUUUGUACGUGGUGCUGAUCUCCCUGUCUCAUUAGGCUCUUGUAUCACAAUAUUUACUGUAGAGUUCCCCUACUUCCCUUAAAUACAGUUAUUGCCCAUCUUACAGGUAUGAGCUGAGGCACAGAAGGAAAACUCACUUGCCCAAGACAGUGUAAGAGCUUUGGCAGAGCAGAAAAUAGGAAGAGGGUAAAAAAAGUGUUGGACAGGUGUCCAAGGGACUCUUCUCUGUGCCACCUGUCUUGGCUCUGUCUCCAAAAUGGUUCUGUUAAUUAAACUAUUGCACAAAAACCUGUACCAUGUGGUGCUCAGAUUAAGGAUGACCAGGACUAUAGAGCUGGAACAGCCCA